AGCCCGUGUUAUUGAACUGCCACCCUUUGUGAAGAUGGUGGGCAUGAGCGUCCUCAGGUCUGCUGCCUCUUUGGCAGCCAGACUGAGUCCUCUGAAAUCUGGUAAUAAUGUGGCAAAUUUACUCACUCGAACCAUCCCGCGGACAGAUAAAGUGGCUGUUCGUUGGGGUCAUGGAAAGAAAAUGUUUCUCAUCCAACCCACUGCGUUCUAUGACCAGAGGUUUCUGCGCUUAUUGCGAUAUUACGCCCUGCUUACCGGCAUACCCGUGGCCAUCAUAGUCACCACCGUCAACAUCUUUGUCGGCGAAGCAGAGCUAGUUGAAACUCCUGAAGACUAUGAACCUGAGUACUGGGAGUACUACAAGCACCCCAUCACCAGGUGGAUUACACGGACCUUCUAUGAUUCACCAGUGAAGGAUUAUGAAAAGAUGAUGGCUGCAAUCCAAAUAGAGAAAGAAAAGGCAGACAUGAGACUGACUCAGCUGGAGGUGCGUCGGCAGAUGAGGACAAAGGGAGACGGCCCCUGGUUCCACGUGGAGACUCUCAACAAGGAGCUGAUCGACAACAGCCCCAAGUCAUCACCUGACCAUUAAUCCAGACGCGUAUGCUGUCGGUGCAUCAAGCCGAUCAAUCUCACUGUUUGUACAUUUUUUCCUUUCCUGCGUAAAUAAAGUAUCUAUAUGGACUACAAUA